AUGACAAUGACUACAAUUCCAGAAAGUCUUAAUAGCCCUGCCUCAGGAAAAGCCGUUUUCAUGGAGUUUGGACCCCCGAGUCAACAAAUGUCGCCUUCGUCCAUGUCUCACGGACACUAUCCCAUGCACUGUUUACAUUCUGCAGGUCAUACCCAGCACGACAGCUACAGUCCGGGCUCAUCGUUCCCCAGAUCGCUGGGUUAUCCAUACGUAAACUCCGUCGGCAGCCAUUCCACCAGUCCAUAUCUGAGCACAGUACAGACCUACCAAAACAGCUCGGCACUCGCACAGACGCGGCUAGAGGACACAGGUGAAGAUCUGGUUUCAGAACAAGCGAUCUAA